UCAAAAUCACGCGCUCAACACUCAAACGAGAAAAUGGCAGCAAGAAACCAAACAAAAGACCUUAAGUGUGCCACACAUCUCCUGAGUGAUAAGUUCAGAAACAUGACUGAGGAGAAGAAGGUGAUUGUGAGGGAUCUCGGAUUCGGUGGGUUGAUGCACAUCCCACCACUAAGGGUGGAUCACCAACUCUUAAGGGAGCUGGCAAACAACUUCAAACUUGGGGAGAACAGACUGAAGACAGGAUAUGGUUCUUUCCAAAUAACACAAAAAAAAAUAGGUCAUGCGCUUGGCAUCAAUGCAACAGAGCAUGGCACUUUCGGAUCACCCAAAGGGGGAAUUCAUAUCACCGAAAACGAAAAAGGAAUUCAAGGUGGAAGCCUACCCGAGUUUCAUUCCCUUCAUAGAUAG